AUGACAUCCCGCAUCGGCAAGACAAUCGCCCGCCAGCAAGAAAAGAUCGCGGCCGGAGCUUACUACGAAGCUCAUCAGCAACUGCGUGUCAUCGCUGCGCGCUAUAUCAAGCAGUCGAACUACGAUGCGGCCGCGGAGCUCCUGGCUGGUGGUGCGACCGCCUUAUUGAGGGCUGGUUCCCAGCAGGGUGCGUCGGCCAGUGGUGGGGACCUGGCGAUCAUGCUCGUCGUGGAAGUCUACAACAAGGCCGAGUGGGGGUAUCAGGGUGGUGAGAACGAUACGGAGGGUCGCGCCCUCAAGAAGCGUCUGAUCGAGCUUCUGCGCGAGUUCCCUUCAGAGGAGCCGACGAGAAAGCGCUACAUUCAGGAGAUCAUUGGGUGGAGUGGACGGCAUGGCCCGCUGGAGCGCGGAGACCCGGAGCUGCACCAUGCUGUCGGCUCGGUCUACGCAGAAGACAACGAACCGUACGAUGCCGAAAGACACUUGGUAUUGGGCACAUCGGAGUCGGCAGAGACCCUGGCAAAGCUCGAGUACGAGUGGUACACCCAUGACGAGCCGCACACCGCCGCCCUGUACGCAUCGCGCGCCAUUUUCCCAUACCUCUUGACCGGCAACGUCCGCAGCGCGAACAAGGCCCUGCUCAUCUUCACCUCUCGCCUCUCGACCGCCAACCCGGCCCUUGGCGUGCAGAAUGUCAGCAGCGCCAGCUCCGAUAUUCGACUAUACCCAGCGCUCCCCCUGCUCAACUUCCUCAGCCUGCUGCUUCUGACGAUCCAGCGAGCCAGCGCCGAUCUCUUCAAGCAGCUGACAGCGCACUAUGCGGCACAGAUCCGGGAGGUGGGCAUCUGGGACGAUUUCCUGGCGCAGAUUGGCGAACAGUACUUCAGCAUCAAGAUUCCGCGGCAAGGGAACCCAUUGUUGGACAUGAUGGGUAGCAUGUUGUUCGGUGGUGGCCAGGGUGGCCAGGGCCAGGUUGGUGGAAGAGGCGCGCCGGCGAAGAAGGUCGAGGCACCCCCUCCCAACAUGGAGCUCGACUAG